GUGCAGAGAAACUUCCUCUUCCGGAUGACUCGUGGGAGAAAAGUGGUGCGCAGAGCGGCUUUUCUGCUCUUCCCAGGGUCGAAGCAGCAUCUGGCAGAGCCUACGAUUCUUCACCUUCCUCAGCAAGUGAGAGAGAAAUGAGAGAAAAUCAGGAAGAGAUUUCUAGCUGGGAAAAGAAGAGUGUGAAAUUCAAGCAUACGUUACAUGAAAAGUCAAGGGAGAUUAUUCUUCCAUUAGGUAAAAGACGGAAAUAUCUGGAAGUUACUGGGAGGAAAAGGUCAAUUGGAAAUCAACGUAGAGCAGACAGUCCUGAUUGUGAGAAAAUUGAAUGUCCUGAUUGUGAGAAAAGUUUCUCUCAGAAUUCCCAGCUCAUGAAACACCAGAUGACUCACACAGGCAAGAAACCAUUUGAAUGUCCUGAUUGUGAGAAAAAAUUCACUACCAAUUCCAACCUUAUUAGCCACCAGAUGAUUCACACAGGUGAGAAACUCUGUAGAUGUCUUGAAUGUGGGAAUAGUUUUAGUCGGAAUUCUGACCUUGUUGCACACCAGAGGACUCACACAGGAGAGAAACCAUUUGAAUGUCCUUUUUGUGGGAAAAGUUUUAGUCGUAAUUCCAACCUGGUGAUACACCAGAGAACUCACACAGGAGAGAAACCCUUUGAAUGUCCUGAUUGUGAGAAAAGUUUCAGUACCAGUUCCAGCCUGGUGAUACACCAGAGGAUUCACACAGGAGAGAAACCCUUUGAAUGUCUUGUUUGUGGGAAAAGUUUCAGUACCAGUUCCAGCCUGGUGAUACACCAGAGGAUUCACACAGGAGAGAAACCCUUUGAAUGUCUUGUUUGUGGGAAAAGUUUCAGUCAGAAUUCCAGCCUGGGGAAACACCAGAGGACUCACACCGGGGAGAAAUCAUUUCAAUGUCCUGUUUGUGGGAAAAGUUUCAGUGAGAAUUUCAACCUUAUUACACCAGAGAUUCAUACAGAGAGAAACCUUUGA